AUGCAGGUGCCAAGCUGGAGGGAUGCCCUUAAUCCAGACCAAGUUCUGACUGUGGAAGACAGGGAUUUCUUUCUAGAGAUGAUGUGCUUGGAAGCGGAGGACAAAAGAGAGAUGAAGCACUUGGAGUUGGAAGCGGAGGAGAGGAGAGAGGUGAAGUGCUUGGAGGCGGAAGCGGAAAGCGGGGUGAAGCGCUUGGAGGUGGAAAUGCAGGCAAAGUGCUUUGUAUCAACAUCCCUCUUUAAUCCUGGACGCCAGACCUGGACAAAGGAUUCAAGCAGCAGUCGCACCAGUGCCAAAUACAGAGGCACCUUGAGAAUAUCUGAUUCCUAUCAACACAUCGACAACGUCAUGGCAGCUUUCAACCUCUCCCACUUUGACCCUUCUACAUUCUUCCUAACAGGCAUCCCUGACCUGGAAGCUGCCCAUAUCUGGAUUUCAAUCCCUUUAUCUAUGUUCUACAUUAUCAGCCUAUUGGGAAAUUUCACAAUUCUGUUCGUUGUAAGCAAAGAGCAAGCCCUCCACAAGCCGAUGUAUCUGCUGAUCUGCAUGCUGGCACUCACAGACAUUGGCACGUCUACCUCCGUUGUGCCAAAAGCACUGUGUAUAUUUUGGUUCAAUUUGAACAGCAUUACUGUGGGUGGCUGCUUCACCCAGAUGUUCUUCCUUUAUGCGAUUUCUUCUAUGCAGUCAUCCAUCCUCAUGACAAUGGCCUUCGAUCGCUAUGUUGCCAUAUGUAACCCUCUGAGAUACACCACCAUCCUCACCAAUGCCCGAAUAGCUAAGCUAGCUCUAGUGGGUUUGAUAAGAGCUGUUCUUGUUGUUCUGCCUAUGCCUCUGCUCCUGAGCAGGCAGCCAUUCUGUGCCAACCGCAUUAUCUCACACACAUUCUGCAAUCACAUGUCUGUGGCAAAGAUUUCAUGUGGGGACACCACCGUCAGCAGGAUGUACGCCUUGGUGAUAGUGAUUGUAUUCACUGUGUUAGACCUGCCCCUCAUUGCCCUGUCCUAUGUUCUGAUCACCAGGGCCCUCUUCAGAAUAUCCUCAAAGAAAACCCACCAGAAAGCCCUCAACACCUGCACAGCCCACAUUUUUGUGAUGUUGAUGUUUUAUCCUCCCUUCAUCUUCUCCACCUUGACAUACCGGUUUGGUCAGGGCAUUGCUCCCCAUAUAACCGUCAUGUUGGCCAACCUCUAUUCCGCUGUCACCCCUAUGCUCAAUCCUAUCAUUUAUGGGGUCAAAACCAAAGAGCUUUGUGACAAAGUUUGCAAAUACAGCUGCAGAAGGUAA